GGCCCGGCCAGACGCGUUUCCGCUGCCGGCGGGGCCGCGGGGCCGCCGGGACCUGCAGUCCCGGCACGGGCAUGGCCGGGAGCGGCGACAGGACCGCCCUGGAGACCAUCCAGGCGGAUGGGACAGAUGGGAAUUGUGUCACCUUCGUGCUGCACGACGAGGAUCACACCCUGGGCAACUCCCUGCGCUACAUGGUCAUGAAGAACCCUGACGUGGAGUUCUGUGGCUACUGCAUCACACACCCCUCAGAGAGCAAGAUCAACUUCAGGAUCCAGACCAGAGGGGCCCUUCCAGCGGUGGAGCCGUUCCGGAAGGGGCUCAAUGACCUGAUGGCUGUUUGCCAGCAUGUGCUCAGCACCUUUGAGAGGAGCAUGAAGGAGUACAGGGCACAGAGGGAGGAGGAGAUGCAGUAGCCUUUGGAGAUGGCAUGGAUGUCCCCAUGGAUGUCCCCAUGGAUGUCCCCAUGGAUGUGUGUGACGUCCAUGUGUUGAAUUCCCUGGGUCCAGGCCGGUUCUUUUUGGUUGUUUCUUUCACGGCUUUGAUGCAAACUGUGUUUUCUUCUAUGAAUAAAGUUUAUUAAUUUAGAUGCUG